AUGGCCUCUAUGGGAAUGUCCGCUCAACCUUCACGAUUCUCCGUCUACGUUGGAAACAUCCCCUACCAGACUACGGAGGAUGCUAUCGGAAACUAUUUCAGUCAAGCUGGACAAGUUACCAAUGUCAAAAUCGUAUGUGACCGUGAAACAGGACGCCCAAAGGGAUUCGGAUUCUGCGAGUUCUCCGAUGAGGCUGGAGCUCAAAAUGCCGUCAACACCUUAAACGGAGCUGAUUUCAAUGGCCGUGCAUUGCGUGUGAAUUGGGCCAACAAAAACUAA